AUUACAAGAAACUUCAACUAAUACAUAUCAUAUCUUCUAUACAUAGUUGUUGCUCAUUAUUUUCUUUACUAUCCAAAACUCUUUAUGGCUCCUUCACUAGAAACCAUUAAUGGUGAAGCAAAGCACCUUACACAAGGAGGAAAUGUUCAUGAAGAAGAUGGCAUAGUUUUUGCUUUGAACUUGAUUACAUCCGUCGUGCUUCCACUCACCGUCCGAUCUGCAAUUGAGCUUGGCAUCUUCGACAUUUUAGCCAAAGUUGGAAAAGAUGCCAAGCUCUCUGCAGAUGACAUAGCGGUUAAGAUUGGAUCCAAGAACGCGGAAGCACCCGCCAUGCUGGAUCGUCUUCUAAGACUAUUGGCUAGUCACUCCAUGCUACAUUGUUCGUUAUCCGAGGAGAAACAAGGACAUGGAUCUCCUCAGAGGCUCUAUAGCCUUGCUCCUGCCUCUAAGUAUUUUGUAACAGAUGCUGAUGGUGUGUCUUUAGGUGCAACAUUAAACCUUCCUUUGGACAAAGUUUUCUUGGGAAGCUGGACUGAAAUGAAAGGAGCAAUAUUGGAAGGAGGUAUACCAUUCAAUAGGGUUUAUGGCAUGCAUGCAUUUGAAUAUCCAAGUGUAGAUCCAAGGUUCAAUGAUGUUUUCAACAAAUCUAUGGUCAAUUGUACAACUAUAAUCACAAAGAGGAUUCUUGAGAUCUAUGAUGGUUUUGAGCACAUCAAUAAGCUUGUAGAUGUUGGUGGUGGUCUUGGGAUCAAUCUCAAACUAAUUACUUCUAAAUAUCCUCAUAUUCAAGGUGUUAAUUUUGACUUGCCACAUGUUGUAGAACAUGCACCUAUCUAUGAAGGUGUGACACAUGUGGGAGGAGAUAUGUUUGAGAGUGUACCUAAUGGAGAUGUUAUUUUCUUGAAGUGGAUACUUCAUGAUUGGAGUGAUGAACACUGCUUGAAGUUAUUGAAGAAUUGUCAUAAAGCUAUUCCUGAUAAUGGAAAAGUGAUAGUUGUGGACUCAAUUAUGCCUGUUUUUCCAGAGAGUACAAAGGUUGCUAAUAUGGGAUUCCAAGCUGACCUCUUAAUGAUGGCACAAAAUCCAGGAGGGAAAGAGAGAACAGAAGAUGAGUUCAAGGAGUUGGCAUUAAGAUCUGGAUUUAGUGAAGUCAAACUUGCGUGUUACUUCUCUGGCUUUUGGGUUUUGGAAUUCUUGAAGUAGAUGUCUUCAAGUAUGGAUAUACAAGAUUGCAUGUUGUUAUACUAUCUAUUAAUUGUAUGGCAUUAUAAUUGUUAUAUUGCAUAGUGCAUACUUUUUUCUGCACAAUUUGGGUGUAAAAUUCUAACAUUGUUGUUAGUUGUUUAUUUUAUAAUUUGGAAAUUGUUCUUUAAAAUGUAUUUUUAUAGAGUAAGGGUAAUCAUGUAAGGGUAAUCUCUACUCCUCCAUAUUCAUUAAUUAAAAUUUGCAUGUGGUUUUUAU